GCAGCUGAGAGUGACACAGGCGACACGAGGUUGGAUUGUGUGUAGAAGACGAUCGUGAGGUUCCGUGAAGGUGAACAUUCUAUUGCCCAGAUUUGGUGAAAACCUUGAAAAUCAGAACUGUAAAAAUGGCCAGCGGAGGAGAUAAUCCGGACCAGCCGAGGCAGCCUCGAAAUAUGCAGGGUCUGUUGAAAUUUGCGAUGGAAGCAACACAAGCGGAAGAUGCUCCCCAUGAGUCACACGUCCAGCCAUUGGACGAGGAACGUCGUCGAUUUCUGGAGCAGGCUCUCAAAUCGCUUACACUGGAUGUGGUCGAGGAGAUUGAAAAAGCCAUGAAAACUCUCAUGGAUCCUAGCACGGACGAGGAGGACAAAGCGCAAGCCAUUGAGAUCAUCAUUGAUUUUGUACAGGACAUUGAUGCUGCCAAUGACUUCUUCAAAGUGGGCGGUAAUGUCAUCAUAAAUCCAGGUCUCGAUUCACCGAAUUCGGACGUUCGCGCGGGAACACUUCGGCUGAUAGCAGAACUAGCCCAAAACAACCCCUACUGUCAGCAGCAGCUGCUGGAAGCGAACACAUUGCCUCGGACAGUCGAGCUUUUAUCGGAUGAACCGGCGGUAGCAAGCCAAGCCAUGCACGCCAUCUCCUGCAUGGUUCGACACCACGAACCUUCUUUGGCGGCGUUCAUCGACCUUGGAGGGCUGGAGUGUAUUCUUGGAUGCAUUCAGACCGAUAACGAAAAGCUCCGCAUCAAAUCGUCGUUCCUAAUGUCCAACCUGUGCACGGAAUUCGCAACCGUGAGGGAUGAAUUUAUCAUACUGAAUGCGGUGGAACGGGUGGUGGCCGCCGUAAAACCAUCGAAACAAUUUGAACCCAAGCUGGAAACGGCACUGUCUACGCUGAAUGUGCUCACGGAGAGUGAUGAAGCAGUCCGCCGGAGUCAGGAGUCGAGUUUGCAGCUGAAGGAAAAGUUGGAACUGGUGCUGAAGCUGAACAACGGGAAGGAGGAGUGUUUGGAACAGAUUGAAUAUGCAAAUACGUUACUAAAGCGAUGUUUCUCCGAUGAUAAUGGUGGCACUGACCGAUAAAUAAAGACAAAUUGUGGCGUUCAUAGUUGUAAGCUGAAACGUUGGCACUUUUAAUGUUAU